AUGGAUGUAUACUGCUUAAGAGUUCUGAAAAUCUCCACGAUUUUCAUCAUUGUAAUGAUCUGCACGGUUUUUUUUAGCACGAAUCCUGACCAUGUAAACUCUUGGCAAAUGCUGUCCGUUUUAUCUGUGGAAAGCUUUGCUGUGAAUCUUACAGAUUUUGGAGAUCGCGGCCUUCUAAAACUACAAGUCCGAGGACCUUUUGUUGACAGCGUGGCUUACAGGGAGACCGAAUACAUAGUCAUCCAAGUUGAACAGCUGGAAGAUGUUGGCUUGAGGAGAAGGCGUCCACAGCAGGUAACGUACAACUGGACCAUUCCAUUACAUCCCCAAAGAAUGGAUCAAGUAACGAAGAUGAGAACCUUUGAGAUGCUGAACAGUGUCCCCGUCUCUAUAGGCAUCCAGGCUUUCCUGCAAGACAGUCAGGUUGUUCCUCUCAGUAUGACUCAUCAGUCCAUCUAUGCCAAUGUGGAGACUCAAGUUGUAAUUGCAGCCGUCAUCCUGGCAGGAGUCUAUGUUCUGAUUAUAUUUGAGAUUGUUCACAGGACUCUUGCAGCAAUGCUGGGCUCUCUGGCUGCUUUGUCUGCAUUGGCUGUGAUUGGUGAUAGGCCAAGCCUGGUUACAGUGGUGGAGGGGAUUGAUUAUGGAACCCUUGCGCUAUUGUUUGGCAUGAUGAUUUUGGUGGUAAUAUUUUCAGAAACUAGAUUUUUUGAUUACUGUGCUGUCAAGGCUUACCAGCUCUCCAGGGGAAGGGUGUGGCCCAUGAUUAUCAUUCUCUGUCUCACUGCUGCCAUUCUGUCUGCUUUUCUGGACAAUGUUACCACUAUGCUUCUCUUCACCCCAGUCACAAUAAGGUUGUGUGAGGUGCUUAAUCUAGACCCGAGGCAUGUCCUGAUUGCAGAAGUGAUUUUCACAAACAUUGGAGGAGCUGCCACAGCUGUCGGGGAUCCACCCAAAGUGAUCAUCGUCUCAAACCAAGACCUGCAAAAGAAAGGGAUCGAUUUUGCAGCGUUCACAGGGCUCAUGUUCCUGGGAGUAACUCUUAUUCUAAUGACGUCCUUUCCAUUCCUGAGGCUGCUUUAUUGGAAUAAAAAACUGUACAACAAGGAACCUGGAGAGAUUGUUGAACUAAAGCAUGAAAUCCAUGUGUGGAGACUCACGGCUCACAUUAACCCUGCCAGUCGUGAAGAGACUGCUGUGAAGUGUCUCUUGAUGCACAAAGUGCUGACUCUGGAGAGCCUGCUGAGGAAGAAGCUGCAAACAUUUCAAAGGCAAAUUUCACAAGAAGAUAAAAACUGGGAAACUAAUAUUCAAGAACUGCAAAAAAAGCACAGAAUAACAGACACAAUCCUCCUGGUCAAAUGCAUCAGUGUUCUGGGAGUUGUAAUCCUCAUGUUCUUUCUCAAUUCCUUUGUUCCAGGCAUUUAUCUUGAUCUUGGAUGGAUUGCUUUGUUUGGGGCUCUGUGGUUGCUGGUUCUAGCUGACAUUCAGGACUUUGAGAUAAUCCUGCACUGAGUGGAAUGGGCAACCCUCUUCUUCUUCGGUCCACUUUUUGUGCUGAUGGAGGCAUUGGCCCAGCUGCAGCUGAUUGACUACAUUGGAGAGCAGACAGCUGUAUUGAUAAAGGCUGUGCCUGAAGACCAGCGGCUGGCAGUCGCUGUCAUCUUGGUGGUCUGGGUUUCUGCUCUGGCAUCGUCCCUCAUUGACAACAUCCCAUUCACAGCCACAAUGAUCCCUGUGCUCAUUAAUCUAAGUCAGGAUGCCGAUGUGAACUUACCACUGAAUCCUCUCAUUUAUGCACUUGCAAUGGGAGCUUGUCUUGGAGGGAAUGGGACACUGAUCGGAGCAUCUGCCAAUGUAGUCUGUGCUGGGAUUGCAGAACAGCAUGGGUACGGCUUCUCCUUCAUGGAAUUCUUCAGGCUGGGGUUUCCAAUGGUGCUUGUGUCCACCUCCAUCGGUAUGUGCUAUCUGCUGGUCAUUCACGUUGCACUCGGAUGGAACUCCCAACUCGCCCACAUGCUUGGACCAAAGAGCUCUGCUUCUGUUUUCAUCAUCACCAUGAAUAGAGCUUGAUCAAUCA